AUUCACGCUGCCCUAAGUUAGCCUUUUUUACGUUUUUGUCCUUCAAAGGUGCCGCCUUUCUGUCUGUCGUCGUUCAUCGCUCUCGGUUUCUCACGCUCCCUCCCCCCGUCUCUCACGUCCGGCGCCUCUGCACUCCGAGGUCGUCCUCUGCCUGGGUUUCCACUAGCUGGCUAUCCAAAGCGAUCCAUUUCUCUGCCUUAAAGUUCAUCACAGACCUCCGAAGGAGCUCAAAUUCAAGAACGUGUGAUGAGGACGCUGGAUGAGAAGGAGACGACCCAGGUGUUUGAGAAGCUGUUCAAGUUCACUGGCAACAACCUCAAGAAUAUCGUCGAGAGCCCCUCCCAUGAGGGGCCUGACCCGAAUCCAGGCCGCUACUGCUUCCGGCUCUGCAAGAACCGGGUCUACUACGUCAGCGAGUCACUGGUCAAGCGAGCCACCAACAUCGGCCGCCACAACCUGGCGUCCCUAGGCACCUGCAUUGGCAAGUUCACCAAGGGCGGGAGCUUCCACCUGACAAUCCAGGCGCUGAGCAUUUUGGCUGCCAACGCAAAGCACAAGGUCUGGCUCAAGCCCACCUCGGAGAUGUCAUUCCUUUACGGGAAUCACGUGUUGAAGGGUGGAUUGGGAAGGAUCACCGAAAACAUCAAUGCAGGUGAUGGAGUGGUGGUCUUUUCCAUGUCUGAUGUUCCUUUGGGAUUUGGGAUUUCACAAAGGUCAACCCAGGAUUGUAGGAAGUUGGAUCCAAAUGGGCUUGUCGUGCUCCAUCAGGCCGAUAUUGGGGAGUACUUGAGGAUGGAGGAUGAACUUUGAAUGAGGGUUUGCUUAUACAUUGGGUUGUUCUGCUCCUAUUGUUCAGAUCUUUGUAAGGGCAUUGAAUGACCAUGAUCUUGAGAAAUAGAAGAAUUGUAUUAUCUAGUAA